GACAUUAACCAAGAUGGCGCCGGGAGACAGAGGAAAGUGAUGCCAGAGAGGAACAACAAGCGUCACAGCUGGCACAAAAGUGUGCAUAUAUUCUGUCUUUGCAGCUGAUUACAAGCGGACGCGUUGGACAUCUACGAGCACCUGAUAAAGAUACAUGUUCUCCGUUAACUGUUUACUUUAACAAGCGACUAAAAGUGGCUAACGUUUAGCUUUCUAACUGCGGAAGGCGACUCGGGGGAAGGCAAUAGCCCCAAGUUGAGGUGCGAUUGUUUUAAAAAGUGACGUCUCUAUAUCAUACAGCAAACGAUUUUAAGGAUUCGGUUGGACUCAAAGCAAUUGUUUGGGAAGUUACGGCGUUGAUGUGAAAAGGUGAGCUCAGGAGACAAGGAGAGGCGUCAUCUUUGCUCCUUUGACGCCAUGGCUCACUCCCCUCUUCAGAGCGCACUACCGGGGGUUCAGAACUUCAACGCUGAUCCAGAGGAACUUUUCACCAAGCAGGAGCGGAUAGGAAAAGGCUCUUUUGGAGAAGUCUUUAAAGGCAUUGACAAAAGGACUCAGAAAGUUGUGGCCAUUAAAAUUAUCGAUCUGGAGGAGGCUGAAGAUGAAAUAGAGGAUAUCCAACAAGAAAUCACAGUGUUGAGCCAGUGUGACAGUCCCUUUAUCACCAAAUACCACGGAUCUUAUCUCAAGGGUACAAAAUUAUGGAUUAUUAUGGAAUAUUUGGGAGGAGGAUCUGCUCUGGAUUUGUUGGAACCAGGUGCCUUGGAUGAAACACAGAUAGCCACAAUCCUGAGGGAAAUUCUCAGAGGGCUGGAGUAUCUGCACUCUGAAAAGAAAAUCCACAGAGAUAUCAAAGCUGCCAACGUGUUGCUGUCGGAGCAAGGCGAAGUAAAGCUGGCCGACUUCGGCGUGGCGGGGCAGUUGACCGACACACAAAUAAAGAGGAACACUUUCGUCGGAACGCCUUUCUGGAUGGCACCCGAAGUCAUAAAGCAAUCUGCCUACGACUCAAAGGCAGAUAUCUGGUCAUUAGGAAUAACAGCUAUUGAACUGGCUAAAGGAGAGCCGCCCCACUCUGAGCUUCAUCCCAUGAAAGUCUUAUUUCUCAUCCCAAAGAACAACCCGCCGACACUGGAAGGAAACUACAGUAAACCUCUGAAAGAGUUUGUGGAAGCCUGUUUAAAUAAGGAGCCUAGCUUUAGGCCAACUGCCAAAGAGUUGCUAAAGCACAAAUUUAUAGCGCGGCACGCCAAAAAGACCACCUACCUGACCGAGCUGAUCGACAGAUACAAGAGGUGGAAAUCGGAGCAGUCGCGGGAUGAUUCAAGCUCCGACGAUUCGGAUGAGGAGCUGGAGGAGGGUAGCAAACCUAAAGCUAACGAGGAGUGGAUCUUUGGCACCAUCAAGGAGCCCGUUAUAUUUGAAGAGCCGCCAGCUGAGCCUGUUCAGUUGGUUGAGCCUGUAGAGCUGAGGGUGGAGCAGCCUUCAGAAAGCCUCUCAUCACAAAGCUUAACAUCGAUAUUCUCUCCAUUGUUCUCGGAGUUGAGAGAAAAGGGUGAGACCAGUAAUGGAAAGCCAGAAGCUGCAGAGGAGCUGAGGAAAGCCAUUUUCCUGGCUGAGAACAUCCACCCGGGGAUCUGCGACUCUCUGGUCGCUGAACUACUGCAGAGGCUUCAGAGGUUUUCUGUGCUGCAGGCGGCCACCGCUCAGUGACGCUCUGUUCUGCUCUUCCACCCUGACGGCAGCAGUCUGACCUCCUCAGCUGAGAUGAAGUCUCCCAGGAAGGUCUACAUCCCUCAUUUGCCUAAAGCAAAACCCUCCCGGCCUCCUUCCGGUCUGUUUUAUCUGCUAGAGGAGCAGCAGAGGUUAAGUCAGCGGUUGCUUAUCCAGCUGUGCUCUGUUCUCCCCUCUCUGCACCCCUUUCUCAGCUGUUUUAUUUUUAGACUGGAGUUGACGAUCUUUCUAGAAGGAGUCUUGAGUUUUUGGUUUAAUGUGUGACUUUUUUGUCUUUUUCUUUUAAAAAUGUUUACACUCCCUUUUGUUUUUGGAGAGAAUCCCUCGCUCAGUUGGUUGUGUGCAUGUGGCUGUGAGAGAUAACGAGUGGGUGAAGGCGUUUUGUUGAAAACUCAGGUAUCCUGCUUUAAGUAGAUUUGGUCUUCUGGGAGAUGGAAGGAGGUCUUACCGGGUGGUUGUACAGACUUGUAAAUAAGCUUAUUUCUAUAGAUUGUUGAAAGCAUAGCAGGGCGUUUGACAUAUAACGGCCUAAAGCAAAUUAUAGGCUGUUGGGUGAAGAUUGCCUCGCUUCUGUGUGUCUUCUAUCCUUCAGUGUUUGAUCUUUAUUUUCAUUCUCUCCAGUUGAUGCCCUCAUUUUGCUGUUGAUUUUCUUCACCUUCUCCCUCUGCUGCUGUGGCUGUAAUAUUGUGGUAGAAUGUAAAAGCCGGCUGGGUUUCCGAAGCCUCCCCGCUUUAAACACUGGAUGCUGUUUCCAGCCCCUCAUUCCAGGAGGGUGGGGUUCGAGCAGGUCUGUCGGCCUCUGCCUCACCCCUCUCCCUUUUUGCUGUGUGUGAUUGCUCAGAUAAACUGAGGUUUCGUCCAUUCAUUCCAUUCAAAUGGCAGUGCCAUCAUCUUGUUCUUAAAUCAGCAGACUCUCAGUCUUCCUAGGAGCUGCGACGGUACUUGCUCUGGGUACCUUUAAUUGCACUUCGAGUAUAAAUGCCUUUACGAUAAACAAAGUAGCCAUAAUGCAGUAGCAUGACACUUGCAGUAUUUUAUUUUUGCAGGAAUGCACCGUAUUAUGGAUUGAGAACAGUCUUUGAACUCGGGUUGGUCGUGCAGCACAGUAUUUGCCUGGUUGUGCAUUUCCAUUUGGAUUUGAUAUAAGCUUUCCUAUAGGGAUAUCUCAAAGUUUCAGAAUAUUUUAAAAAGUCCAAACAAUUCUCAAAUGUCAUUUGCAGGUUAUCAAGACACAGAGUGAUGGAUUUCAAUCGUUUAUUUCUGUUCAUUUUAAAGAUUAUGGCUUAAAGAGGAUAGAAAAGGCUGACAUACCAAACUGGUAUUAAUAAGUAUGUGCAGUCAGUAACUAACUGAUCUAUUUUUCAUCAGAUCAGCCAGCAGCACACUUCAGACAUCUCUUAUAGGGGGCAGUUAAAGCUCAUAUUGCUGAUACGUCUGUGUGAGGCGGCUCUUAGAACUUCAGCUGUCAGACACUCUUUGUAAGGCUCCCCAAAAAAGGCUUCGCCAUAGUUGCCAACAGCACACCUUUUUCCUUCCACUAAACUUUCCAUCAGUGUGCCUGGUUUAAAGCCCUCUAAGAGACGCAUUCUUCCACAGAGGCCUUUUGUUUUUUAUUCUCCGUGUGGAAGAGGGUCAGGGACAAAUUUCUCAAACUAAAUCUAAGUUCUGUUUUCAUUAGCUGUUUGCUAUAUUCAUCAAAAUUAACAGAGAUCUCUAUUUAAUUACAGAAACCAACUUUUCGAUGAUAUCCUUAUUAACUGAGAUACACUUGUAGUUGCUCCCGCAUUAAAUGAAACUGCUGUGAGAUGUAAAUAUUAGGAAACCAGAGACCAGCUGCACUGUUACUACUGUUUAAAAUGAUUGUGCAUAAUAGUGUUAACAGUUCAGAGCCUACAGACUGGUUUGGGUGGUAUGCGUUAUAGCAUACUGUUACAGGAUGGGAAGAUGAGUCCCCAGACGGUGAUGAAGCAGCCUUAUAGUGUUUGAAUGAACAUGACCAUUAUUAUCAGCUUUAAAAAGGUCGGAUGAGAUAUUUACUUUUGACAUUUCCUGUUUUUCUCUCUUUUUUUUUAUGCAUUAAAAUUCAUAUGCAGUGAUUUUUGACGAGAAAUAAUAAAAGACCAAAAGUAUUGCUUCCAUUUCUUUCCACGUAACAUGUUUUUUUUUUUUUUUUUUUAAACAGUCCAAAUCUUUUCAGUUUAUUUUGUUCACUGUUGCUACGCUAUACUUUCUAUGUGAGCACAGCUGAAGUUAAAGGAACAGUUUUAUGAAGUUUGGGAUUAGACAUGGGAUUCUGAAAAUAACAACCAUCUCCUGUGUUUACACUUCAGUUAAA